AUUAAGGAAUAUCGCUAUAUUUAAACUCCAAGGAAGAUCAUAGUAAUUGGAUUUCGCUACAAUUAAGUUGCAGCCAAGCGAAAUCAGGCACCACAGUGAUUGGCCUUACUUGGGACAAAUUGUAUACAAAAUUAUGAAAAAGAGCACCAAAGAUGGCUCUACCUCCGUAUUCUUUAAACAUGAAAGUUGUAUUAAACGCUACUAUCAAACUGCAAUUCUUUGCUAGUACAAGUCUAUCGCCGAUUUUCAGACUUCACUCUUUUCCCGCUACACAAUUUCGACACUCUAGCUUCAAACCAAACAUAUUAGGGUUUCACAAAGGUUUUAGUUGCAGAGCAACAAUGGCCGGUUCUUCUUCUUCAUUAUCUGGUCAAGCAAAAGAUGAAAUCAGUCUCACAGAUAAAGAGAAUCAAAUAUUUGAAAGAUUAUUGCAAGUUCUUUGUCACUUUAAUCUCCAAACACAACUUCGUGUUGCUGGCGGUUGGGUUCGUGAUAAGCUUUUAGGGAAAGAUAGUUCUGAUAUUGAUAUUGCGUUGGAUGAUAUGAUGGGAAAAGAGUUUUGUGAAAAGGUUAAUGAAUAUUUAUCGUUUGCUGGGGAAGAGAUUCAAGGAAUUGCUGUUAUUCAAUGCAAUCCUGAUCAGUCGAAACACUUGGAAACAGCAAGGAUGAAAUUGUUUGGGGAAUGGAUUGAUUUUGUAAACUUGCGAUCCGAAACGUAUAAUAAAAACAGCCGCAUUCCUACUAUGGAAUUUGGUUCUGCUGAACAGGAUGCAUAUCGAAGAGAUUUGACUAUCAACAGUCUGUUCUACAAUAUUAACAAGAAGUCAGUUGAAGAUUUUACUGGACGAGGUUUAUCAGAUCUAAGAUCUGGAAAGAUCGUGACUCCAUUACCUCCAAAGGAGACAUUCUUAGACGAUCCUCUACGAGUACUUCGUGCUAUUCGAUUUGGUGCAAGGUUCUGUUUUGAAAUGGAUGAAGAGUUGAAGGAAGCUGCAGCUAGUGAUGAGGUUAGAGUUGCUCUUGCGGAUAAAAUCAGCAGGGAGCGCAUUGGGGAUGAAAUCGAUCUCAUGAUUUUUGGCAAACACCCAGUUCAAGCAAUGACCUACAUACGUAGUUUGCAACUAUUUUGUGUUGUUUUCCCUCUUCCCUCCAAUUCAGAGCCUGCUGCAUUGGAAGGGUGUGACAGGCUCUGCAUCGCUUCUGUGGAUGCUGCAUGGAAUCUCUUAGAAUUAUUUGGAUGCACGGCUUUUACUGAUGAGCAAAGAAGGCUGUACUUAUAUUCAGCACUUUUUUAUCCUCUCAGAGAAAUUGUUUACAGAGACAACAAAGGCAAAAAGAUUCCUGUUGCAAAUUACAUCUUUCUGAAUUCUCUGAAGCUGAAAGUUAACGACUCAAAAAUGGUUAUAAGCUUACACAAUGCAUCAGAAAGUUUCAUAUCGUUGAUUCCUUCCUUAACUGAAAUCAAAACUGCUGAAGCUGGUAAUCGAAGAGAAAAAUUUGAUGUCACAGUGACUUCAAAACCGCGAAUAUGUGCAGGAUUGCUUUUACGGGAAAUCAAGAGUUUCUGGCGUGUUGCCUUGUUGAUCUCCACAUUAUCAUACCCCAUCGACUUCGAUCGUGCUGAAGUUUCUGAAGACAAGCAGCUUGAGUUAGGCUUGCGCAGAAACUUGUUUACAACAGUUGAAAGUGCCAUUGUGAGACUAGGUCUCGAAAAUGUGUGGGAGAUGAAACCAUUGGUGAAUGGGAGGGAAAUCAUGACUAUUUUACAGCUUAAGACUGGAGGACCCCAAGUCAGUGAAUGGCAACAAAAAUCUCUCGAAUGGCAGCUUGCCGAUCCCAAUCGUACUUCCCAGCAAUGCCUUGAUUGGAUGCGAGAAAGUCAUUCAAAACGUUCAAAGUUGGGGUGACUGUUCAACUUGUUUGCAUUCUCAAUUUUCUACUUUCUUUGGUGAAGAAGGCUAUUAUUGGGGCUUCACCUAAUAGGACAAAAAAAUCCCUUAUCUCAAAUAAUUUUGUAAUGACCGAACAAUCCUUUAGCUAAUUUUAAUUUAAUUAAUUUCUACGGUUGGAAUCAA